AUGAUACGGAAUCCUGCAGCGCUGCAGGAACUGAUGCGAAGCCAUGACCGAGCGGUAAGCAACCUGGAGAGUGUCCCCGGUGGAAUGGCGGCGUUGCAGCGUCUUUACAGAGACAUUCAGGAGCCGAUGCUGAACGCCGCACAGGAACAACUCGGCACGAUGAACCCGUUCGCUAGUUUGGCUUCUGAUAGUGCGCACAAUGCGUCACAGAGUGCUCGAGCUGGCGUCGAGAACAGGGAGCCACUGCCGAACCCGUGGAUGAAUCGCUCCGGAUCUGCAACCGGAGCUGCCGCCGCUGAGGGUAGACGUGCAGCAGCCCCCGGUGGUCCCACUAAUGGCACUGACAUCUUCAACAGUCCCGGAAUACAGAGUUUGAUGCAGCAGAUGCUGAAUAAUCCGCAACUGGUCGAAAACAUGACGCAAACGCCGUAUUUCCAGGCGAUGGCUAGGUCGCUGACGUCAAACCCCGAGUUGGCCGCACAGACUCUGGGAAUGAAUCCGUUGGCAAACGAUUCUUCGCAGCUCAUUGAACGGAUGCGCCAGAUGCUGCCCUCGGUUCUUCAGCAGAUUCAAAGCCCGGCUUUCGUUGAGGCCAUGACAAAUCCUCGUGUCAUAAGUGCGAUUGGAGAGAUACACCACGGCCUGCAGGUGCUGCAGGAAGUGGCGCCGAAUUUAUUUUCCAACAUCACGGGCUUUACUCAAGGCAUGCAGGCAACGGCGAUGGCUACGAAUAGGACGCCUGCUACUCCUGCAACAACAGCGACCGCCUCCGGCGCCACCACUGUUUCACCGGCGGCGAUAACACCGGCAACGGGGACGACCAAUCCGGCGCAGCAGCAGUUAGGACAGGUGAUGGCGGCUAUCAUCAACCAGAUGGCUGCCACUUCGGUAGUACGUUAG